UUCUGGGCCUACUGUGUCAGUGUCAGGCUGAAGCCGGGAGGUGUAUUACUUAGGCAUGCCGUAUCUACCCCGCCGGCUCCUGCGCACUCUCUGGUACCAUGUCGGAGGGUACGUGCCGCACCGGGCGGUCAGUACUAGUUGGUCUCCUGUGGGAGCUGCUUUCAAUGUCAAGCAGCAGCGGAGACUAGAUGUGUUCAGCAAGGGCACGGGUUUGUUUGGUGUUCCUGAAUUAAGUACACCAGAAGGAUUUAGAAUAAUACAAGAGAAUGCUCUGAAGAGGACAGAGUGUCUUGUGGAAGCUGCAUGCUCUACUCCUCCAAGUGCGGAGACUGUGAGGAUAUUUGAUCAGCUCUCUGAUGAACUGUGCAAGGUUGCAGACUUGGCAGAUUUUGUGAAAGCUGCUCAUCCGGACCCUUCAUUUAGAGAAGCAGCUGAUGAAGCUAAUAGGAAUAUCAGUUCAAUGGUGGAGAGGUUAAAUACAGAUAUUAAUUUAUGUCAAAGUUUAAGGAACCUUUUAGCGGAUAAAUCUGUUGUGGACUCGCUAGAUCCUGAAACCAGAAAGGUGGCAGAACUUUUUUUGGUUGAUUUUGAGAUAAGUGGAAUUCAUUUGGAUGAAGAAAAGCGUCAGAAGGCUGUGAACUUAAAUAUGAACAUUGCAGACCUCAGUAAUGCCUUCCUCAUGGGAACCAGCCUACCCAAUAGAAUUGAUAAAGACAUGAUACCUGAACAUAUACGCUCUCAGUUUUCCUGGAAUGGAAAAUAUAUACAGAUCAGUGGUUUACAUGCAGAUUCACCUGAUGAUUUGGUAAGAGAAGCGGCUUAUAAGAUUUUCCUUUAUCCAAAUGCGAACCAAAUGAAAUAUUUGGAUCAACUACUUUACAGUAGGAAUUUGUUGGCACAGCUGGUUGGUUACCCCACUUUUGGCCACAGAGCGUUACUUGGGACGAUGGCCAAAACUCCAGAGACUGUGAUGAUGUUCCUUGAAAAGCUAUCUAGUAGACUGUUUGAUCGAACAUUAAAAGAUUUUGAAAUGAUGGCUGGAAUGAAAAUGAAGCUAAACCCUAUGAAUCCAGACCUGAUGCCUUGGGAUCAUCCUUACUACAGUGGUGUUUUACGAGCUGAAAAGUAUAAUAUAGAGCCCAGUUUGUACUCUCCAUUUUUUUCUCUUGGUGCAUGUAUGGAGGGAUUGAACACCCUUUUUAAUCAACUUCUUGGAAUAUCAAUUUUUUCUGAAGAACCAGCAAAAGGAGAAGUUUGGUCUGAAGAUAUCCGAAAACUGGCUGUGGUCCAUGAAACUGAAGGCCUUCUUGGAUACAUUUAUUGCGACUUCUUUAGUAGAGCAGAAAAGCCUCCUCAGGACUGCCAUUUCACAAUCCGUGGAGGAAGACUAAAAGAGAAUGGAGAAUAUCAGCUGCCUGUAGUAGUCCUUAUGCUCAAUUUUCCUCUGUCAACGAAAAACUCACCUACACUGCUAACUCCUGGUAUGAUGGAAAACUUGUUCCAUGAAAUGGGGCAUGCAAUGCAUUCCAUGCUGGGGCGGACACGCUAUCAACAUGUCACCGGGACCAGGUGUUCAACAGAUUUUGCUGAAGUUCCAUCUAUUCUUAUGGAAUAUUUUGCCAGCGAUUAUCGAUUUGUAAACCAAUUUGCACGUCAUUAUCAAACUGGACAGCCAUUAUCAAAACAUAUGGUAUCAAGGUUGUGUGAGUCCAAAAAAGUUUGUGCAGCAUCAGACAUGCAAUUACAGGUUUUUUAUGCUGUGUUGGAUCAGAUUUUCCAUGGAAAACAUCCUCUUAAAGGUUCAACAACUGAGAUUUUAAAAGAAACCCAGGAAGCAUUCUAUGGAUUACCUUAUGUACCUCAGACAGCCUGGCAUCUGCGAUUUAGUCACCUUGCCGGAUAUGGUGCUAAAUACUACUCUUACCUGAUGUCCAAAGCCGUUGCUUCCAUGGUGUGGAAACAAUGCUUCUUAAAGAAUCCAUUUGAUAGGGUGAUGGGAGAACGUUAUCGCAGAGAGAUGCUGGCACAUGGCGGAGGAAAAGAGCCCAUGCUCAUGGUUCAAGAUAUGCUUCAGAAGAGCCCAUCGGUGGAUGAUCUAGUAGAUGCUCUUGUUUCAGACUUAGACCCAGACUUUGAAACGUUCCUGAUGGAUUCCGAAUAGCUAUCUCAUCAUCUAACGGGACAUUAAAAAAAUAUUCUUAAGAACGUCUUUAAUUAGGAAUUGUCUAUUUGUAUCAAACCUGAAGUCUUGUUAAAACUUUAUUUAAAUGUCAGACACUUCUUAACAGGGGCCACUUGAAUUUUGUUGUUUGUUUUUGUAAUUUAAAAUGAACAGGAAACAUGAAUAAUUUAAUAACAAAGUAUUUUAUUUGGAAGAGUUUUUUUUAGAUUUAAAUAAAUGUGUGUAUCUCUUUAUAUUAAAAAAGUUAAAAUAUGA